UCUGGGUCACAGAGGGGUAUAAACAGGCCGCCAUAGUACACUGAUGCUCACGGUUUCUUGGUCUGACUCUCUGUGGAUGCUACAACUCCAUUUUUCUUUUUUUUAUCUCUUUUUUCCCCUGAUUGGAACCAAGCAUGACUUUCUACAGACAUUCAGGUCCCAGGAGUUACCUCACCUCCACCAUGACAGAUCGCUUCGACUGUUACUACUGCCGGGAUAACCUGCAUGGGAAGAAGUAUGUAAAGAAGGAUGAGAAGCAUGUGUGCACCAAGUGCUUUGACAAACUCUGUGCCAACACCUGUGCCGAGUGCCGGCGCCCGAUUGGAGCUGAUUCAAAGGAGCUGCACCAUAAGAACCGCUAUUGGCAUGAAGACUGUUUCCGCUGUGCCAAAUGCUACACGCCGCUGGCAAAUGAGCCUUUCAGCGCCCGAGAUGAUGGCAAGAUCAUGUGCGGCAAGUGUGGUGCCAGAGAGGACGGCAACCGCUGCCAGGGCUGCUACAAGGUGGUGAUGCCAGGAUCCCAGAACGUGGAGUAUAAGAACAAAGUGUGGCAUGAGGAAUGCUUCACCUGCUUUGAGUGCAAGCAGCCAAUCCGUACACAGAGUUUCCUUGCCAGGGGUGAUGACAUCUUCUGCGCUCCUUGCCAUGACAAGAAGUUUGCCAAGAAAUGCUAUAAGUGCAAGCAGCCUAUCACCUCUGGAGGGAUCAGCUACCAGGACCAUCCCUGGCACUCUGAGUGUUUUGUGUGCGAAACCUGCCGUAAACCGUUGGCGGGAACUCGAUUCACCGCUCACGAGGACCACGUUUAUUGCGUGGACUGCUACAAGACCGACGUGGCUAAGAAAUGCCACGGCUGCAAGAACCCAAUCACAGGGUUUGGCCAUGGCACCAACGUGGUGAACUAUGAAGGAUACUCCUGGCACGAGUACUGCUUCAGCUGCAAGAAAUGCUCCCUCUCCCUCGCCAAUAAGCGCUUCGUUAUCAACGCGGAGCAGAUUUACUGCCCCGACUGCGCUAAGAAGCUGUAAACAGAUACGCAAAACAUCUUUAUUCAUGAGGAAACCGCUUCAAUUGUAGUUUAUGACUAAAAUGAAUUUUUUCUGAAUAACAUGCUAGUCUCAAGGUUUCUGCAAACUGCUUCUGCACUAGAGCUUCCUGGCAACCAUGCAAACUGCAUCUAGACUCCGUCUGCAACACGGCAACAGAAUUUGUAUGAGAGGGUUUAAUUCUGAUGUUUUUAAGAUCAUCUGUUGCUUUGUAAGAAUGUCAGUGCCUUCUAGGAAUCGUUCCUGGAUGAAAUGCUUUUAUCCUGCCUGCUGUCUGAAAAUACUUGCUUUGAUUAAUAAUAUUGCUGGAUUUGAAAUAAAAAAGCUGGAUAAUAAACCAGUUGUAUUAUUAAAAGUUGAAGUUUAAAGGAAAUAAAAAACAUUAAACCCCC